UGAUUUGGAGUGUUUUAUACAACAAUGGUUCAAGAAAGGAAAUCAUUUACUUGCAAAUAAAAUUUAUAAGAAUUAAAAUUUUUACUCUUCAAAGCUGAUGUGAAGAAGCAAAAAUAACAUGGGUAUGUCUGUUAGCAGCAAUUUACCUGAGCUCAUAUUUUUAUGAACUUCUGACAACUAGAUAUGGACAAGCCAAGGGAAUUUCAGAUACUUAACUAUUCACCUGAUAGAGUUGUUUAUUCAUAUAGUACAAACCUUGAGAUGUAAAUUAUGAUAAGAUAUUGUUUGGGACCUCAAGAGUUUUAAAGUCUCUUCUAUGCUGGUUGAAAAUUAGGAUCAAAGAAGGAACUAGCUUAAUUUAUCAAAAUUUCCUUUGAAAGUUUUCAAAGUGGUUUGGCCAAGAUUAUUUGCUGAAGAGGGACAAAAAGAUCCAAUCUUCCUAUAAGGAGAAGUCAAGACUAGACACAUUCCCAAGACUCUUUAUUUUCUCAGACUUGAAAAUUCAUCUCAAUAAGGCUUUCUUAAAUAAGAUAAUAGAAUUUAGAGAUAAAUUUAGACAGAUGAUGUCUAUAAAAGCUCAAGAAAUCAGUGGCCAUUGAAAUGAAGAAAACUCGAUAAAAACCAUGUGCUUAAAGUAAUUGAAAAUGAGCUUCAAACUUGGGGAACAUCACAGAGUCCUUUACUAAUUACCCAGAUAAUUUAGUUUUAUGUGUCUGACUAUACUGAUAACUAGACUUUAAUUGAAGCAGAUCCCAAACUAAAAUCUACCACAUUUGGAGGUUUGUAAUGCCCUUAUUACCUCUUUUCCAUUAUGACGAGAAGGGAUUGUAAAUCAGCUAGAUGAUGGAAACAAUCAAA